AUGAGCCGAAUAACGAGAUCAUCCACUAAUUUUCUGGAUUUUGUUCAACAACAACUUCCAACCAAUAACAGGAAAAUGUCAGCAAUGCCAAUUUCUAAUGACCAACCACUCAUGCCACCAAAACAAGAGGAGCCCAUCUAUUAUAAAACGGAAGAGAGACGAGAGGUCAUUCGGAUUGGAGAAACCAGAAGGAAACUUUUCAAUUCUCAUGUGAAGGAAAAGAAGCAUGCGUUGGAGCAAAUUGAAAAGAAAGUCACUGCCAAACUUUCUUCUGGUGAAUGGACGUCUUAUCACUCGAAACAGGGUCUCUACAGCUGUUGCUAUGCUUCUCAAGAUGUUAAAUGUGACUUUGCGUCGCCACCAGUGAUUACACCAAGAAGAUAUUGUUUGGUGUAA